AUGACCUACUUGCUGGACGCCCUUCAGGGAGAAGCAAGACAAUGCGUCAUACAGUAUCAAGUAUCGCAAAGUACUUAUCCGAUAGUAAUACAGCAUCUGAAAGAAAAGUACGACAACAAACAAGCUCUCGUCCGUGAUUUGUUACGUAGACUACGUACAACAGAAGCAAAGACUGAACGCCUCGAAGAUCAGGAAAAAUUGUGUGAAACCCUUCACUCGAUAGUUGUUCAACUGCAACAAAAAGGGGAACUCAUCGAUACUCUGCUCCUACAGCAACUACUGUUAGAGAAAUUCACAAAAGAGAUUCAAAGGCAUGCUCGGCAAAAAAGACGACAGAGAGCAGAAGAGGCACGAACAUGCGAACUGCUAAAAGAUGUCAAAGACUACAUAAGAGUGGAACUAGAACUACGGGACCGAGAGCAGGGGACGGUUGUACUAAUUCAUGAUCCAGCUUUGCCACGAAACGUGUGGAAAAUGGCGCGCAUCAUCGACUUGAAGCAGACAGAAACGGGUGCAAUCCAAGAAACACAGCUCAAGUUACCGAGUGGACGUAUCAUAAGAAGACCAAUUAACUUACUGAUUCCACUUGAGCUGGAAGACAAUCCGGCAGAGAAACGGUCCGACACAAAUGGUGAAACGGAGUCGCCGACUAACAAGCUGCAUAGCGCAGUUGGGAUUCAAAGUCAACGUUAUAAUUUCCGACCUCAAUCACGUGACAACAACGUUUUUACAAUCUGUCAAAGAUGUUGCUCCCCACAAGUCGAGGAGGACCAGGAUCCGAAAAAGCAUUCCAAGGAAAACGGUAAGGAAGAACGCGAAUCGCUGUGCCACCACUAUAACCUUCAAUCACAAAACCUCACUCAACGUACACCAUCAGUCACCGCCCAGCCCACUCUUAUAGAGAUCGAAAAUCUUCAUGAAGUUGACAAGCUCGCCGACCUGCUGUUCAACUUGCUUUCUGGUGUCUACGACUGGAAGCGACGAAGUAACACUAUUGUAUAG